AUGGCGACCAGAAGCGGAUCUGUAUAUUCCAAUUCGUCGCAAACCGGUGCGGUAAUGCACCAAAACGGCCGAAAUUUGUCCCGACGUAAUGAGGGCAAUGAGCACGAGGAUGCUCAGGAAAUUGCAAUGAUGAUCCGGAGUCCCCGAGAGGGAUCCGUGGAUCGCCCCGAGUUGGGCCAGACAGUGUCACCAGUACCUUCGUCCGCUCAAGAGAAUGAGCCUGAGCAUCUUGGGGGUGCAAGAGACGAUGGAUUCACGACGAUUAGGGCGCAGAGACGCCGUCAUGGUGCACACAGACUUGCGGGAGACAGUUACAAUGUUGAUAGCAGUGGAGACGAAGGCCGUGUUGCGCAACGGCCAACCCCUGCAUAUUACUCCGGUCCGAAACACUUCCACGCGAUGUUUGCGGAGGAUGCCGGUCGAACGGUGAGGCCAGAGAGCCCGGACCGUGGAGAGUUCCCUGAGAGGGAGCUGGAAAACGUCGCAGUAGACGUGGCCAUGAUGCCUGUGAUUCUAGGCCCUACGGCAUUCAAUGAGGCAAUAAACGAUUUGCCUGAAGAGAUCAGAGACGCGUUCUUAGAGCGAUACAGGGCGGCAAUGUCCAGGCCGCACAGCCAAGCAUCGAGCAUAGUGGGUGGCCAACCCAGCCAUCGUGAUGUAGCCUCAGGAAUGGCUAAAUAUCGCGAAUUUGCACCGAUCAGUGCAAAUUCAAGUAUGAGAGCAUUGAAUUAUCCGAAGUCGGCAGAUUUAGCACGACAAUCUAGCUCUCAGGUAAGGUUCAAUAGGAUAGGCGAGUCCGACAAUGAUGAUUCGACGCCUCGCACUCCAAUCAGGCUCAAUGUAGCCCUCAGAAUUUCGUCUGAGUACAGCGAAUCUGAAGCACCUCGUUACUCAACAGCCGAGAAAGGGAAAUUCCCGGCUACUCGACCACCAGUCGCGUCAACGAGCGGUGGCAUUGUGAUCAGACCUGAUCCUGACAGUCGGGAAGGCGCAGAGGCAGCCUUAAUCGAGUAUGACCGACAAACCGCCAUGAGACUGCAGGAGAAAGAGGAUUUGGAAUCGGCCCGGAGAAUUGCAGCGGAGCUUAACACUGCCAAGGACCAACCGAAAUUGCCUAAAUCUAAAGACAGGCUCGUAUCUACUCCGAUGAAUCCGGUCCCUGCGCCAGUAAAUUUGGCCGAGAAUCAGCCUCAAAAGACUCCACAGGCUGAGAAAAGCUCCCGAUCGACGCUAGUGAACGUUAUUAGGCAAAGCUCAGAGCAACCAGGCACUGUUCCGAUCAGUCACACGCCUAGAAGCGUACCUGCGUCGCUGCAGAUUCCCUCCGGCACGUACUUGGCUCGGCAGCUGAAAACGCCAUCCAAGCCAGUGUCCAAGAACCAUGUUCCCAAUGUCACGAAGUUACUAAGCACAACUCCAAUGCCCGCAGCGGCAGGAGUUUCCGGAGUUGACCCCCCUUCACCCUCCAUUUCGUCGUCAGACGACGAGUCAGAAUCUCCAGACCCUUCGGAUAGCUCCGAAGAAUCAUCCUCGGAUAGUGCGAGCACCCGUAGCCAUAAGAAGAAGUCGUCAAAGAAGAAGCGCGAGCGUCGGAUGAAGUCGCGUGACGCAAAGGCUAACCGCGCUAAAAUUGCCGCACACAUGAAGCUUGAUGCACCGAAGAAGUGGAAUGGUGAGCCAUCGAUCGAAAAGCUCGAAGAGUGGCUCUAUGAGAUUAAUCAGUGGUAUGACAACUACGAUGUGCCCGCUAAGAUGCGCGUAUCGUCACUCUCACACUUCUUGGAAGGCAAUGCUCGUCGCACCUUCAUGUCCAUAGUUUCGUCUACAAUUGAGAAAUGGACUCUAGACGAAGUCAUUCGCAUGUUUUUGGACGAAUUAUUCCCGUCAAAUAUCCGAGAGAUACUGCGAGAGCGUUUCGACAGCUCCAGGCAAGGCUCGAUGAGUAUCCGAGCAUGGCUGCAUCGAAUCCGCAACUUGUCAGCUCGCAUUGAUGAUGUGUCCGAAAAGGACAAAGCUCGUCAGUUCUGGAAGGGCGCACGGCCAUACAUCCGCAUUGAAUGGGCCGGGCAAGGCUACUCCCAAGAGUUCUCUUCCUUGGAGGACCUGCUUGCCGCCGGAGAGCUUAUUGAGCGUAAAGAGAAGCAAGAGAAAGCCGAAAAGGCCGCUGUCUCAAACCGCUCAAGCAACCUGCGAAGUUCGUCUAUCUCACACUCUAAUUCGCAUCACGCGCACAAGAAAGACCGGAAGCGCGACAGUAGAGACGAACGAAGGCUCAAUCGUGAUAAUAAGCAUCAGAACUCCGGUGGGCCACACAGAUCGUCUGGAGGCCACAGGCAGCGUACCACGAACAGCUCUAAGUCUUAUCAUUACAAGGACUUAUCUAAGGAAGAACAAUAA